AUGUCAUAAUUAUUAAAAGUAUAAAAGAAUCAAAUCACUAUCCCUAAAUUCAACUUCCCAACUAUUUUUUAAGUUGUUCUUAAAGAUAUGCAAGCAGAUGAACAAGACUGUACUUUUACUUAAAUAAUAGAAGUUGUUUAAAGUAACUGCGAAAAUGGUUAGUAGCUUAAAGACAAGAAAAUAUCAUCAGAUUUUUAUCAAUUAUUAGAUUUAAACUAACAUCCAAAGUAUUAUAUCAGAAUAUUUGUAUAGUUCUAAAUAAUAUGCUAAAUUUUCAUAAGAAGGAGUAAUUAAUAUCUUGAUUUACUCAAAUAUAGAUGAAGAAUGCAAAGAAUUAUUAGAAAAGCUCAUUAUAAAGUUAUGCAAAGAAAAGUGUAAUAUUUUCAUAGAAGAUCAAUUGCUAGAUUAAAAUUAACAUUUCCUUAAUAAAUCAAAAUUUAUACUAAAAUUAAACUAAUUAUACUUUAUUUCUUUAAUAAUUAUAUUAGGAGGUGAUGGAAAUAUUUUACAAAUUUUAAAAUAACUCUAAACUUAAAAAAUCCCACCUAUUCUAACAUUUCAAGUAAGAGCUAAUUCCUUUUUUUGCGAGUUUGAAAAAAAUAAUAUGGAUAAAAUAUUAGAAGAUCAAAUUAAUCAUUUUCGAAUACAUCGUAAAUUUAAUACUAAAAGAAAAAUAAGAAUUGAAGGAAUUUUAAAAUAAGGAAAUCUAAUAAAAUUUUAAUAUCAUGCUUUAAAUGAGUUUGUUAUUUCUAGAGAAUCGAAUACGAAUUUUUUAUUUAUAGAAAUAUAUAUCAAUAACAACUUAUUAACAAUAUCAUCAGGAGAUGGGAUUAUUAUUUCUACUCCUACAGGAUCCACUGCUUAUUUUUUAUCUGCAGGAGGACCUAUCAUAUAAAGUGAUGUUCAUUCAAUCUCUAUAGUCCCUAUUUGUCCAUUAUCAUUAUCUUUUAGGCCAAUCAUAUUACCUCCUUGUAUAAAUAUUACAAUAAAAUUAUCAAAUAUAAGUAGAUCCAAUGGAGUCAUUAGUGCUGAUGGUUAAUAAACAUUUGAAUUCAGUAAGGAUAUGAUAUUUGAGAUAAAGAACUCUUCUUAUGGAAUUGAUUGUAAAUUAUCUAUUAAAUCUAGUAAUUGAAAAAGACUAAACAAAUUAUAGAGAUUGGAUAAAUAGUUUAAGAAAUAAGUUAUUUUGGAAUACAAUGAUUACAGAAUGA